GCGCGGCCCCGGCGCAUGGAGGCGAUGCCCUGCCAGAACCAGCGCCUCGGCCCGCGGCCGCAGGAGGAGCCGCCGCCGGCCGCCACGGCCACGGCGGGCGGCGGCUCCCGGCUGAUCCGCUUCGCGGAGCCCAGCGAGGACAGCGGCUGCCCCAGCCCGGACAGCAGCAGCAGCAGCAGCAACGGGGUGGUGGCGGCGCCGCCGGUCCCCGCGGGGGAGGGCGGCGCGCCGGCCAUCGGGCCGCAGCUGAAGCUGCUGCCCAUGAACGACCAGCUGCGGGAGCUGCAGACCAUCAUCAGGGACAAGAAAUCCAGUAGAGGAGACUUCGUAUUUUCUGCUGAUCGUCUGAUCAGACUGGUGGUUGAAGAGGGACUGAAUCAACUGCCCUACACAGAAUGUACUGUGACCACUCCAACAGGACACAAGUACGAAGGAGUCCGAUUUGAAAAGGGAAACUGCGGGGUCAGCAUCAUGAGGAGUGGAGAGGCCAUGGAACAAGGCCUCCGGGACUGCUGCCGCUCCAUCCGCAUCGGGAAGAUCCUGAUCCAGAGCGACGAGGAGACCCAGCGAGCCAAGGUGUACUACGCCAAGUUCCCUCCAGACAUCUACAGGAGGAAAGUGCUGCUGAUGUACCCAAUCCUGAGUGACAGAGCAGGGAAUUAUCAGGCUGUGCCAGGACACACAUCAGUCAGCUGCACCAGUGGGAAUGCAAAGCAAAUCCUUUGGCCAUGGCGGUGUUUGGGAGAAAGGCUGAAGAUUAAGACUUGGCACUGGGAACACUGUCAUCGAGGCUGUCAAGGUGCUGGUGGAACACGGGGUCCAGCCCAGUGUCAUCAUCCUGCUCAGCCUGUUCUCCACACCCCACGGUGCCAAAUCCAUCAUCCAGGAAUUCCCAGAAAUCACCAUUUUAACUACAGAAGUGCAUCCUGUUGCACCAACACACUUUGGACAGAAGUAUUUUGGAACAGACUGACAAUCUCAGAACAACUGGAUGUGACUCUAUGACAUUACAAGAGGUUUUUUCUAUGUUUUAUUAUUGUUGAGUUGUCAAGGGCAUGUUUGGGAACCUUUCUGGCCAAAGGGGGAAGUACUUGACUUAGGUGAGUUCUGGCCUGAACAGGGAUCAAAGCACUCUGGUUACACGGCCAAGCAUCUCCAUGUUGGGGUUGUUAAACUGCCACACUCUGCUUUAACUUAUUUAUUCUUCUCUCUCCUGUCUGUGGCUGCCUGCAGAGCAAAUAAACCCACUAAAUCCCA